AUGGACCAGCGUAACCCUGUGUCGCUGACGUCGCCAAGUUUGGACCUUCAGCCCACGCCUCUCGCUGAGCCAGAGCCGCAGCUUGAUGUGUCGUGCCCUGUAGACACUUUGAGCAAGAAGGUGGAGGAGGCGAGUAGACACAUCAGUCUUGAGUUGGACGAGACGGAAACGAUGGCGGAAGCGAUGCAAGAGGAGACGAAAGACAUGUGUGAUGAGCGGAAUGAGGUGAUAAGUGGAGGGGAAGGAGAAGAGGUACGAGAAUUGGAUGCUGGGGACGAGACGGUUGUCGACAGGGAGACGGAGGAGAAAGGAGAGAAGAAGAACGAAAGAGCCACGACUGCUGCUGUCGCUACUACUGCCACUGCCACUACCACAGCUGUUCUUGCUGCUACAAAUGAUAAGUCGAGGCUUUCGUCGCUGGAGCGGACAUCCCUUGACACAAUUAAAGCUUCGGGGACACGCGCCGUGGGGUCUCUCUUUUCGAGGUUUAAAGGUGGACGCGCAAAAAAGAUGGCAGAGCCGGCGACUCUAUCACCCAUAAAGGCGGCAGCGCAGCCUCUGGAAGUGCUGAAGGAAGCAAGUAGAGAUGAUGUAUUGCCAAUGGCGACAAACAUGGAGUCUGAUGGAAGGCGAAAGCAAAGCAUUGGCGUUGUAAGUGCUGAAGAGAAAAAAGGCGAUGAUUUGGAGAAGGCGACGGCAGCUGCUGAAGAGAUGCCAUCACGAUUGAGCAAUGGAGGCUCUGAGGUGUCGAUGCAAUUGAACAUUGGCGAUGAUGAUGUACACGGGGAUAUCUACGCACCCGGUUUGACUAGUGAUACGUCAGAUUGCGAUGGUGUAGAGCAAAGAGCGAGUACGAAGACGGGACAUCGAUCUGAGAAGCUAUCAAACGUUGCUACCUGGACGCCACUUGAAGGUGCUGUAGAACCUGUGGAAACAGUUGGCGUCACCACGGCAGUUGUUACGUUGGAGGACGAGAAGGUAUCCGUGUUUUCCAGUGUUGAUGCACACGAGGAGGAAAGUGUUCGUAUGGCUGGGCUUACUGAAUCGACAAGUGAACUGACCAUCAACACGGACGCUGAAGAUGAGGCCGUAUCUUCCCCAGUGCAGGGUACCGCGAACAAGACAGCAGUAGCAAUUCAGAGCGAUACUAUUGCUGCUAAGUUUGACACGGUGUCGCGACAGCUUGAGGGGUGUAUCGAUCUUGAUAUGCAGCCGGCAGACGUACCACCGCUACAAGCUGAAGCGAAGGCAUUUGACAACUCUGGUGCGGAAGUGAAUGAAGUUGCCAGUGAGCUUACGAAGACUGAAGUGGUUGAGGAAGUAGCACGUGGUGACAUGCACAAAAUUGAGGACGCAUAUGCCGCCGUGACUAUCGCUGCCAAACCAUUGGUGUCUCAACUCGAUGGUACUGUGUUGUCAAACGAGGCCACAAGUGCUGAAUCCAGCGAGAUGCGGCUGCUUGAGACAUUUGCGUCGGAUGGUAACGAACACGGCAACAUUUCGGUGACCGACAGCACCGGACUUUUGCGUGUCGAAGCCACGCCACCGACGUCCAAAUCUUCUUCCGAAGUUUGUGUGCUAGGGAAAGCAGAGCGGGUAUCACCUGUUAAAAGCCUUGCCAGCCGCUUUGAAGGCAAGCGUGAACAGUCUCUUGACAGUUUAAAAUUCCGUACCGUACGUGGAUUUUUUUCUGACGAGCGCAGUAUCCGUGUCGGAGCAGAAAAGGAGAAGUACGAAGCGCAGGCGCAGCAGCAAAAAGUGAAGGCGAAAGCAGAAGAGGUCGUCAAGUCCAAGUACAAGACGACAUCAGGAUAUAAAUCUCUCGAAACAGCAUCUGUGCUAAGCGCAAGUUCUCCUGAAGAUACGCUUGUCACUAUGAAUGUGCAAGACGCUGCGAUAAUUGGUGUUUCUGGUGUAAGUUCGCAUGCUAUGACGACACCCGACGCUACAGCAAGCAGAAAGGAGUUUUCGUAUGAUGAGGAAAACGCGGGGGCCGAUUCUCCAAGUAAAUCGAGCGACGACGCAGGGGAAUCUCUGACACCUGUGAAAAGCAUUGCUAGUCGAUUUGAAGGCAAGCGCGAGCAAUCGCUUGACACCUUAAAAUUCCGGACCGUUCGUGAGUUUUUCCCUACUGAGAGAAGGACUCGCAGCGUCCACGUUGGUGCCGAAAAGGCAAAGUACGAGGCACUAACACGGCAACAUGACGUUGUAACAACGGCAGCCGAGCAGCCUCCAUUAAGCAGCGCGGAUCCUAUGCCUUUUCCCAUAGCCUUAACUGGCAAAAGCAAUGAGGCGGCGUCUAGCGCCGCGGCAUCGUCAGAGACGAGUUCGCGCACGCCGGACGAUCCUGACGAGAUAGCAACAAUCUGCUCCGUAAGAGGCUUAGAAAUGGCGGACGGAGAAAACAUCGAAUCAAGCGGGAGAAGCGCUGAUCAUUUGGCAAGUGCAGUUUUGAACGAAACCAGCAAUACGUCAAUUUCUUUGGACAAACUUGCAGUCGGGGUGGAUACAAGUGAUACAGUGCCCUGCCUUGAUGCUGAAAGUGUCCCUGUCGAUACGGACAAUGCGCAUUCUAUUGCUGAAGUACGGCAUGGUGUCGAAGAGUCGAAGGCUGCGACGGCAGGGGAAACAGCUCGGGUUGACAUUGAACCUGCUGAUACGCUUGUGAUGAUGGACAAUUACGCUAAAUUAGACCAAGGCGACAAGGCUACUGUGAAUGCUGAUUCUCGACUCGAUAAGCCAGAGACUGAAGGUAAUAGUCAGCACGCCGAGCUUGCUCUCACCGAAGAAACGUGUACAACCCAACAUGAAAGUAACAAACAUGAUGAUGAAGAAACGGGCAUAGGGGCCGAAGCUAUUGAGCCGGGGAUUGUCGAUAAAGUGGAUGGAUGUCUGGAUGCCGAAGAGGCAGCUAUGGUUGAGCUGGACAAUUCGAAAAGUGAAGUUACUACAGGCGGCGCUUGUAAUCAGGAGAAUUCUGCACUGGCUGAUGAAUUAGUUCAAGUGGUGGAAUCGAAUACUGCAAAGAGCGAUGUGGUCGAUGAAGAUGCCGCACGGGUCGAGGAGGUCGAGGAGACAACUUUGAAGAGCAAGGCGGUCGAGGUGCUUGAUUCCGUAAUCGAGAUUAGCCAUCUGGACCCAUCCGUUGUUUUGUCUGACGAGGUCGCCGUCGGUAGGGUUGAAAGUGCGUGUCCGAGUGUACAGCAGCAUGAUAUAGAUGGGGAAAAUCCUCGAGAUAUCGGGACUGAAAGCGCUGAAAGUGCUAAGAACGAAGUUGCUGAAUUAGAGCUGGACGGAUCAGUCGCUGAGACUUCGAACGAGACGACAAACGAAGAAGCGCAGGCAACGUCACGACCAAUGCUCACUACAGAGCGAUCAUUCGUGAUUGAGGAUGACCACAUUGUUGAGACCGAAGACACGGUCGUUGUGAAAGAACGGCCGAUGACAGACGGAGAAGAAGAACUUGAAGUCUUGUCGCCGUCAAAGGUCAGCGCAGCACACGAAUUGCAUUCUGAUGUUACAUCGUCGAGGUCGGCGAAAAGCUCGACUCCGAAAGUCGUGAAGCAGACGUCUUCAAAGGUGGCUCGCAAGAAACCUACUGAGUUGCCAGGAUCAGUCAAAAUGUCGCUUGGUAAACCCGUCGAUCAUGGCGCAACGAAGCGUGCUUCUACUGCUGCGUCACGCAUAGCCAAAGAGGCGACGAAAGCAGAGGGGAAUGUCAAGGCACCAUUACCUGUCAAGAUGAAAACUACAGCGCCCAAGCGCAAGAGCACUGUCAGUGGCGCUGGAUCAGCUAAGGUCUCGACUGCACCUCCUUCCGUUUCAGCGCGCAUGAAGCGAGCGUCUGCCACACCGCCUACGGCCAUGCAGCAGGUGGGAGGUAAUUUAGCUGGCGCCGGUGAGGCCGGUGCUACGAGUCCUGCAACAGCGACUCAAUCGUCAAAACGUAAGGGUCUGGUUGGUUUCACUAGCGCUGUAGAGCCGGCUUCGUCUUUACCGAUAGUUGCUGAUGGAUCGAAACGUGCAUCCAUCGUGGCUUCACCCGCUUUCCGUGAGGCUAAAAAAGCCGAACGUAAUGCUGAUGUCGCCUCGCCAGUGCCCUCAGCCCCAGCUCGAAACAAGAGGUACUCGAGUGUUAAAAGCAUUGUGCAAGAUGGGAUUAAGACCCAUCCGGUGCACGCAGUCAGCCACGUCCCUAUUACGAAGGAAGCAUAUAUCGCAGCCGAGCGUCGGAAGAGCCUGGGAUCGGCUGGGGUAAGAUGUGUUUUGGAUGCGGCUAAUCGCCGCGCAUCUCUCACCGCCCGUGCAGCGAUUGGCGAACCACCGGAGCCGUAUAUUCGAUCAGCACUUUCACGCAAAAAAUUGAAGUCGACGGUUCCUCGCUACAUGAACUACGAAAAUACGCCAGGGUAUGCUGAACGUGCCCGGCAGCAGUACGAGCGACGCAAGCGACUGGAAGAGGAAAAUGCUGCAAAGUCUGAAAAGCGCCAGCGUGAGCUGCGCUCAUUUUUCGAUGAUAAGCAGCAAAAAUCGCUCACGACGUGUGCUGAUAUAGUUCGCCGCGGCCUGGAGGCUCACGAAUUUGCAAAGAUGGUGAAAGAGAGUAAAACGAGUGGGGAGAAGGCUACAAGAUCAGACAGGCAACGCAGUCGGACUACACGAAGCCACCGCCGAGCCCUUUCAUCGACGUCCAGUGCUUGCACAUCAUCGUCCAAUGGUGCUUCUUCCCGUGCAUCGAAGAAGUCCUCCGCGCUCGGUGCUAUCGAGAAGCCUGUCGAAGCGCCCGGUCUGGAGGCAACGACCUUGCAGAUUCAGGAAGCAUUUGAACCGGCAGUCGUUACAGAGGAGGAAUUGACGUUGGAAGAGGUAUACACGGAGACGCAGGAGGCUGCCAUUGUCGGGGCUCAAGCCGACUCGCAGACAGCCCAGGUUUCGGCUGUAAAGGAAGUAUUGUCAUCUGGGCUCGUUGCGGAGACAGUUGACGAUGACGAUUAA